CCUCACGACCCGUCUUAUCUCAAGCGCGCGGGCGUUCCGCAUUCAAAAUCAGCUAUCGUCUAUCGACCACCGAGCUAGUCAAUUGUAGCUGCUUAUUGUUUUCCGCCUCUUAAUAAUUAUAAUAGUUUUUUAUUAAAAUAAAUAUCUACUUUUAAUACCCGGACCGAUGAUAACUAUAAUUUGCGCACGUCUGACCUACAUGGCUGCUUCACGUUGUACGGAUGAACGUGUUGUAAUAAUAAUAUGUUAGCGAUCACAAUAGUCUCGUUCGAUGCGUUACGGCCAGUAUUGUGUUCGCGAUGAUAACGGUCGGCCGGAAUACUGUGCAGAAAUUCACGGGCAUUGAUUAUUUUUGCGACCGGCUCGUUCGCCACCGAUUCAUAACGACUUAAGAUUAAUAAAUAAUAAUGCAGUGCACAACCGUGUUAAUCGUCCGUCUGUCGUAUCGCUUGAAAUAAACCACAGUGAUGAUAACAACGUGUACACGGUAGCCGGUCGGUACGUGCAAAUCGGAUAACUGUAUGGGUAAUACACUUCGAAAAUAAUAGUAACAUGUAAUACUAAAAUAUAUUUGACCUCGGCUAGUGUUUUGACACGCGAGACGGAGAAUGGGCUGCAGAUGCCGUCACUGCAGUAAUCGACCGACGGAUCCAUUCAAUAAUUACUAUUGAAAUAAUCAAAUAAUUUUUUUAUGAUGUGUGCGGGUCAAGAAUACGGCGGACGCCGGUCCCGUUCUCGGAUAGCACGUACAUCCGAUCGGCUACCACUGUUGUCAGCUAUCUCAGUCUGCAACCGAUGAACGUCCGACUUGAAAAAUUUGUCAUGAGGAAUCUCGUCCGAGUCGCGUUUGUCCUGAUCGCUUGCAGUGUAUCCCAGACAUGCGCAAGUUUUUCGUUCAACAUCAAGGAUUUGGUACUGUUGGUGAAUGACUCAACAACACUCACAUUGACCUUAACGGACAAUGUACCAGGAAAUACCACAUUAAUCCUCAGCACUAAUCAUAAAGAUUUACUGACGACAAAUAUUACCAGAAUAGAAGUCACUAAUUCUACAAGUCCAAGUAUAUGGCCAAUUGAAUUGUUUGGUCAUGAUGCUGGUCACGACUUACUUAAAGUUGAUGCAUUUCCUCCUUCCAUAAAAUCCAGUGAUGCUUUUGUGAGAGUUACUCUACAACAUUCAAAUGAAUUGGCUUUAGUCAGUGUUGUUGUUGGAUGGAUUUAUUUUGUCGCAUGGUCAAUAUCAUUCUAUCCUCAGAUGUAUGAAAACUGGAAACGUAAAAGUGUUGUAGGUUUAAAUUUUGACUUCAUUGCAUUAAACUUGGUUGGAUUUAUUUUAUACUCGAUGUUCAAUGUUGGACUGUGGAUACCUGAAAUUGAAAAAGAUUAUAUUGCCCGAAAUCCUAGAGGACUAAAUCCAGUUCAAUUAAAUGACAUAUUCUUUUCCAUUCAUGCUGUAUUUGCUACUUUAAUAACUGUGACCCAAUGUUAUUUCUAUGAGAAAGGUGAUCAACAAGUUUCUCGGACAGCCAAAUCAAUCAUGUCUUUAUACGGAUUAAUAUUAGCCGUACUACUAGUUCUUGUAUAUUUACAAAAGAUAGUAUGGCUGGACUUCCUUUAUUAUUGCUCAUAUAUCAAGUUGACCAUAACACUCAUCAAAUACAUUCCACAAGCGGUAAUGAAUUACAAACGUAAAAGUACAAUUGGCUGGAGUAUCGGCAACAUAUUCUUGGAUUUUACAGGAGGACUACUUAGUAUAUUGCAGAUGAUUAUUAAUGCAUACAACUACAAUGAUUGGGCUUCAGUAUUUGGUGAUCCAACCAAAUUUGGUUUGGGUUUGCUUUCAGUAAUCUUCGACAUACUGUUCUUCUUACAACAUUAUGUAUUCUACAGUGGAGUUAACUAUGCAGAAUUUGAAAAUUAUAAUGAGGUAGAAGAGGAUGAUGAGGUUACUAAUUCAGAAGAGCACCCUAAACCAACUGAUAAAUCAGAUGACCAGAUAUGUUAAAAACAAUUUUUUUAUUUUUAACAAUUGACUUUGAUUAUGCUUAACAUCAUAAUUUCAUAGGUACAUCUAAACAAGACUGAACAUAUCUACUAACACCAAAGUUAUUUUAAGAUUUAUUUAUUUUUGUACAAUAUUCAUUCUAUGUUUUAUACUUAUAUUUUAAUAACUAAUUUUUACACAAAUGUGAAAUAUCAUUUUUUGUAGGAAAGAAUAAUUUUUUAGAUUUUGAUUUCUAUUGUUAGAGAUUACGGAGCUUAGUGGGGUUUGGCUAUUUUCAAAGCCAUCUUUAACAUACCACCUAAUUUCUCAAAAGAUGCAAUAACUUAUAUAUUAUUGUGUAUUAUAUAUAUAUAUAUAUAUAUAUAUAUAAUAUGUUGUGAUAGACCUGAUAACUAAAUCUCAAACCACUGAAGAGUAUUCAAGGUAUUUAUUAUCAUAAUAAUUGUAUAAUGAUAAAAUUUACAAAAUAAUGGAAAAACAGAUUUUAUAGAUAUUAAUACUGAAUCGUGUAUACCUAGUUACUACCUGCUGUCAGUGGCAGAGCCAGGUUUUUUUUUUUUUUAGGGGGGGCCCAACAUUUUUAUACUUUAUUCAUAUCAUAUCAUUUUAGAAACACAAUAUUUAGAAUUUAAUUUUUGGCCUUACAUACAUAAUAUAACUGUCAAGGGGAGGCCUGAGCCUAUUGCCUCCCUUGAAUCUAGGCAUGCUACUAUACUAGAUAGUAACUAUAGUAACUAUUACACGUUAACCAUGACUUAAUAAUUAGUGUUAAUUGAAUAUGUGAUAUCAUAAUUAAAUUACUAGCUUUUGAUUUGUUGUAACAUUUAACGUGUAAUGUAUAUACAUCACUUAUUGUAAUUUUUUUGUAAGCACAUAUGUAAAAAUUGUCAGUAUACAUGAAUACAGAAUAAUAGUGUUUAA